AUCCGCUUCUGCGAACAAGCCAAGGCGGAUGCUGCUGUAUCUAUUCAAGCAAUCAUAGAAAAUGGUGCAUGAACUUGGGAUUAGACAUUGUAAACCUGGACUGAAUGCGGAACACAUAGAACUUGAAUCUUGUUCAAGAUCCUGUUGCUAAUAAGAAAAUAUUAUAGAGGCGUAUAGGCCUUCGUGGUGAAAGGUGAUCAAUCGAUCGAUAUAAUCCCUGCAGACGGUCGUGUACAACUGAACUGUACUUUUCUUUGCGAGCGUAAGAAACCCUUUCACAAUUGGGUGUAGCAUUUCUUGCCUGGAAUAUCGAUUGGUCAGCGCUGCGUGUAUUCUUCAAGCGAGUUUGAAUAUCAUAUGCCCAUUUCUUCGAUACAUCGUCACCAUGUUGGUUUAGCAUUUGGUGACCAUUCGACCGACUAUUAUGAUUUAUCCUAGAAGUCUGCAUAUGUACAGAGACUAAUAAUGGAUUAUAUAUGGAACAAGGAGAGAGCAACAUUUUUCGUGUUAUUUUGUGGACUGACCAUCUUCACUUUCUUCAUCAUUGAGGAUGAUCUCCAAACCAACAUCAAACGUUCGAGAGAUAAAAAACCGCCAAGGAUUGGAGACUUCCUACAGAAUACAACAAGAUCCAAACAGGAAGACGUACCUGCAACCAAAGAGGGGUGCGAGGAUACGCGUCUUAUGCCGAACAAAACCUUCCCAACUAUAGCUCUUGCCAGCUUUCCAGGAUCGGGCAAUACGUGGGUCAGACACCUUAUCGAGGCAUCGACCGGAUAUGCCACCGGAAGCGUCUACAAUAGCAGGAUUCUCGCAAGCCAAGGUUUUAUUGGUGAAAAGGAAGAUUUCCGAAUUGGAACGACUCUCACGGUGAAGACACACUAUAGGCUGAAGGGCACAAUGGUCGGUGCCGUGUUGAUUGUACGCAAUCCAUAUCGAGCUUUGUUAUCAGAAUAUAACAGAAGAAAGGGUGGAAAGACGGGACACGCCACCUUGGACGAUUUCCAAACUGAAGAUUGGCAUAGAUUUGUAGAGAAAUCAUGCCGGAAAUGGAUCGGACUUUCUGAAUAUUUCAUCACGAGAUGCGGUACCAAGGGGGAAACGUGCAAGUCAAUGACGGUCGUGUAUUAUGAGCAACUCAAACUUCACAUCGCGGACGAGAUGCGACGGAUCCUAGCCUACCUCGAUGUGCCGGUCGACGAGGAGCGUCUUGCGUGUACAGUUGCCAAUGCGGAGGGAAAGUUUCACAGACACAAAUCAAAUACAAGUCUGGACCCAUUCACACAAGAAGAACGGACUAGGAUUGAUGGAUAUGUGAAAAGUUAUCUCGAUUUAACUGACAAGUGGGACCUACCGAAGCCGCCGCCAUCUGUCGUGUCAUAUCCCACUGAUUUGCAUUUAUGAUAUUAUUUAAAGAUGGAAAAAAAUUUUUUUCAUUCUCUGCUCUCGGCUGUUUAUUACGAAGCAUUUAUGACAAGGUAAAUACAACCCGGUAAUGCCGCAUGGAUGCAUAAUGCAACCCCAAUAAUGUCGCAGAGUGCGACAUGAGGGAGACUUCGCUCCACGUAUAUACGUAGGGAGAAUGUAAGAAUACUCUUAUUUGCAUUAAAAAUGCCGUCAAAUGACAAAGAACAGUUGGGAGGUCUUUGUCGAAAAUUGGGAACCGGAACCGCGGUUUCGUGCUACCGAGUUCCGGAGCUGACGAAAAAUUGCAAAUAGGCCCUAAAUGUAGUUUGUCCAGAAUGAGAAUCGGAUUUUGAAAGAGUAUGCGGGCGUGCGGUCCCAAAAUCUGAAACCAUAGAACGCGGCCUGGAUUCGUUUCCAACUGGAUAUCGUGCGUGCACACUGUGGAUGAAUAUAUAAAAUUGAAUUUUGCCAUUUUGCUUUUUAUAUUUCAACUUGGCGAGAUAACGUUUCUCUCCACUUUGACGUACGUUUCAAACAUUUCACUUGACGAGUUAACUCGUCGACUUGACGAGUUAACGUACCUCGUCAUGGUGACAUACAAUUUGUGUAUGCCGACUUGACGAUUUAUCCUUUGCUUCAAACGUAAAUCCUUUCUUCAUUUUAUUGUAAUGAAUAUUCAUAAUUUGCAGUUCCCAUGCCUUUGUUUGUAUAUAUUAUUUAUCGUUGCUUUUUACUCAUUGAACUUGAUGCUAAUCGUUGUAAUAUGUAUAGGUAUGAAAUGAAAAGAAAUAAAUAUAAAGAUCGUA